AUUCGAUAAUUUACAACCAAUAUGUUCCAACGGCUGCGGACGCGUUAAAAAAAAAGUUAUAAAUAUUUUACUAUGGUUGUUACUAUUUCAUCUUUAUGCCAUAAGUAAGAGUGAGAUAAAGUGAUAGUGCAUUGUGUGACCGUUGUGAAUUGCAUUUAUGAUGACGGAUUACAUGUAUAGCUUACGCUCAACAGCGCCAUGAUUUUAAAAAUAUUGGUAUUCUGCUGUAUUCUACCAGCCAUAGCGUUGCCAAAAGAUCCAACAGUAUGUCUUACUGGCUACAUGACCGAUGUACAGAAAUGGGUAGACGAGUUUGGAACUCUGACGGUAGAGCCUAACGAGUUGGACCGUUCAAUCGACCUGUCUACUAAUACCAAUGUGGUGACGAUGCUGCAGAAGAACCUGCAGUCGCCGUACAGGUCUAACGCCGACAUACGGUACCUCAGCCUGGCUAGGUGCAACCUUGAAAGAGUUCCACCAGUAUUUGAUCAACGGGACACAAACGGGCGUCCAUUGCGUCAGACAGUGGAGUAUUUGACUCUGUACGGAAAUAAUUUCAAGGAUAUCAGUGCACCUGGAGUCCAGUACGACAUCAUGCUCAAUGCGACUGAUGUAGUGGAGACACAUUUAGAGUACGCGAAAUUUGGGGAAAAAUCAAUAUGGUCCACUGGAUUUCAAUACACAACAUUUGCAGUUUUACGUGAAUUUGACCUUCGUGCGUGUUCAAUUGAAUUUAUUAAUGGUUUAAUUUUUAAAGGAAUGCCAAAUUUAGAGGCUUUAUAUUUGGGUGAGAAUAACAUUAAAUAUAUCCACGGCAAAGCAUUUGUUGGUCUGAAUAACUUAAUUCAUUUAGACCUUAGUAGAAACAAAGCUUACGAUAAAAAUGGUGGUUUAACAUCUGUUACAAUGGAAUCAGCAGAUUUAUUUGAAAGAAUGUCAAAAUUAAGAUCUCUCGACCUGUCUUUUACGGAGAUGGGUAGAAAUGUACGUGUGUUGAGUGGAUUAGGAAAAGAGUUCCAGAGACUCUCAUUAUGUGGAAGCAAAGUUAGAAGUGUUCCCGAAAAAGCCUUAAGUGGGACCUCAAUGAAAUAUUUGGAUAUAUCAGGAAAUUAUGGAAUAUUAGAAAAUUCAAAUAUUUUAGCGGGGUUGGAAGACACUCUAGAAAUUUUAUACGCAAACGAAGUAGGAUUUGAACAUUUUCAUUAUUUAUACAAAUUUAGUAAACUUGAAGUUUUAAAAUUGACGAACAAUGAAGUUAUGUUAAUCACAAAAAGGGUCGUUGCUUCACUGACCAGUUUGAAGGUCCUGGAUUUAGAGAGAAAUAGAUUUGGCUCUUGGAUUCCACCAAUCUUUUCCACAAUGCCAAAUUUGCGUUUUUUAUCUUUGAAAGACAACAACCUAAACUUAAUCUCAGCGGAAAUCAUAGACGAUAUUGCUAAUAUAUCCUACGUAUCAUUGUCUGGAAACAAUGUAGUCUGUAACUGUCAUUCGAGAGAAUUUAUAGAUUUGGCUGCAAGAAAUGAUAAUGAACAAAAACAAACAUUAAUAGAUUUAUCGAUACAUACUGAUAAUAACACUCUAAAAGCUAUUGAUUAUCAUAUAGCGGAGAGUGAAUUUAAUAGUAUGAUAGAAUUAAGAGCCAAUAUAUCAACAAUAUGUGAUACGGAGAAGUGUAAAAAGUAUUAUGUCGAUAGAGAUCAUAGAUUUUUAAUUAUAGAUUAUGAUAUACAUUCAUAUGUUUGUUUUCAUGAAUAUAAGAAUAGAUUUAUGUCAUUUAUCAAUGUAAAAACAUGUAAGGAUUGGCAGCGUAGUUUGGAAAAAGUAAGAAAUCUUGACACUAGCACCAAUUUGGUUCUGUUAUUGACUUUACCAACAACAUUACUACUAUUGUUAUUAAUUAUAUUUAUAUAUAGAAGAAAAUUUGGUUAUUUCUUUGUGACGAUGAGGAAUUCGGCCACGUUGAGUUUGAUAUCGAGAACUGACAUUAAUGAAGAGGGCAAGAUAUAUAAUUAUGACGUCUUCGUAUCGUACUGCAACGGUGACAGAAACUGGAUGUUGGAUCAUCUGCUGCCUCACUUGGAAACUGAGUGUAGUGUUAGUGUUUGCUUGCACGAGAGAGACUUCCAGGUGGGUCUCUCGAUUCUAGAGAACAUAGUGUCGUGUAUGGACCGCUCUAGAACAAUCAUGUUGGUGAUUUCUAAGCAGUUUCUGCGCAGCCAAUGGUGUCAAUUUGAAAUGCACUUGGCGCAGCACAGACUUUUAGAGACACGCCGUGAAGAUCUGAUCUUAGUAUUACUAGAAGAGAUUCCAAGGAGUCUCCGGCCGACUACACUGCACUAUUUGAUGUUGACGAAGACAUACAUCGUGUGGCCCAAAGUAUCAUCAGAACAGACUGUAUUUUGGAAGAGAUUAAAAAAGAGCUUGGUGGUACAGCAGCGUAAAUACAAGAAUACUACAUUAGCCUGAAUAUAAGGACGUUGUUUGCUGAUCCACCAGUAGAAUUUAUCAUUAUUAAUCACUGAUGUCUCUCCCAUUGUAGGGGGGAAGGUAAUUUGGUCUUAAAAUUUGUGGUCAAAUUCCUUGUCUUUGAAGACAGCAGUAGAUUUAUUCACUGAACAUCAUGGAUUUCAUUGCAUAUCGUGGAUUAUGCUUUGCUACCGGCUAUACCAUAUCAUACCAGCCACUACAUGUCCACUGCUAGACAAAGGCCUGCUUUUGUAUGGGGGGAGGGGGUUAGCCAGUAGUUGCCAUGUUUGGCAGGCGGAUUAGCAACUGCAGUUAGGCCUUGGAGAUGUUUUAAGAGGCAUGCUGUUGUCCAUACCUUAAGCAUUAUGUUUCAUUACGACACACACGGGAAAAGAAGAGGGGGAAGCCUACUCUAAGCCGAGACUACAGCUAUACAGCAGGUGAAAAUGUAUUAUGAUGUAAAAUUGCAUCAAUUGACUGUAUAAGCCGAGCCUCUCUAAAUAUGCAAACUUGAGUUCACAUCUUAAUUUGGAUUUCAAAUCACUCAAUUUUAAAUUAGUACUUGACGUAUGUGAAAAUAUAAAUUAAAAUUUAAAGACAACCAACGAUUUGCGAUUCGAAUUCAAGACUGCAGAGUUCUUACCAAAGAAUACGAGAACUAAAGACACAUGUUAAUGUAAAGUGAUUAAAGAAUUGCUGGUUCAAUUCUAAGCCAAUACAUACUAUUCGAUAUAUUUAAUAUAUAUGGUAUUGAAAGAUUA